AUGCCACAAGCACAGCCAGAACUGAAAAAGUACAUGGAGAAAAAGCUCUUCAUCCAACUCAACGCGAACCGCAAAGUCCUCGGCAUCCUGCGCGGCUACGACGUCUUCCUCAACAUCGUUCUCGACGAGGCCGUCGAAGAGAAGCCUGACGGGAGCAGGCAGCGGUUGGGGAUGGUGGUGAUCCGGGGGAAUAGUGUGGUUAUGUUGGAGGCGUUGGAAAGGGUUGACUAUGGGCGGGGUGGGCACUAG